UUGAAUUCACCUUUGCUGACGAAUUUUCAUCAUUGUACUUUUUUUUUGUGUGUGUGACAUCAACGAGAAUCAUACUGCAGAGUCUAAGAGUGAUAAAUAAGUUUCACUAAUCUACUUCUGUUUUUUUGUGCUGUGAUCUGGUUUGCGAGACGAGGGAAUUACAUGUUUCUCUUCUUUACAUGUACUCGGAAGUGAUGCGUUUAUGUGCAAUAUUUCGUUUUUCAGUGUGUCUCUCUGGGAACGUCGUCUGUCCCCAAGGAAUAGAGUUUUGAACUGGAACUGCGAAUUUCGAUUGCUUCUCUUGCGUCAGAAGAUAAGGGAAGCUACUUCAUUACUUUCAGAACCAAGCAUCAUCUCUAAAUAAGUGGAAAGAAUUUCUGAGCACACCCUAUCGCGUACUGAAAAUGUGUCGCGAAGAAAUCAGCCACGAAUUAGAGAAAUUCAGCGUCUUCGAUAAAUAACAGUUCAUCGUGUUUAUCUCUUCGUUAAUGGGGAGAGAACAUUACUCGUUUACUUCUAGAUUUAUACUCUUCUUACGUGACCUGAAAUAUUUCAUGACUGGACAGAAUAUUAUAGAAUAUUGCAUAGCUGCAUGUAACAGAAGUUGUGAUGGUGAUAUAACUGUGCAGGCGCUGCGACAACAAUUUGUGCAUCUACUGAUUACAUAGCCGCAUUUACAGAAAUAAUAUAAAGGUGGUAAAUAAAUGAUAGUGAAGCCCGAGUAGACAUCAUUGAGAAAUAAUGAGUGACAGUGAAUUAGCUGUUUUUAUAGAGAAGCGUCGUUGUUAAGAGCGUCACUUCUUGGGGGGGAGGGGUCUAUACACCGCAGCAGUAUGCGUGAUCAAGUCUCCAGGUGGCUCUGCUGUGGUAGCGGUCUUGUUAUCAGCUUUAAUGUUGUCUGUGUGAGCACAUCACCUCCGAGGAGUUAUGGACGCUCUAGAAGAGCUGCUGGGGGAACAAGCAAGGGGAUGUUGGUCACUUCCGCAACACAUCACAAACUAUGUAAGCACAACUAGAAGCACCGAUGUCGAUGGCGUCAUCGAUAAAUCGACAACAUCGAUACCUUCAACGUCAUCAUCACCACCACCGCCCCCUCCUUCAGACGUUUCGGCUGACAGUACAACACCACCCCCUGAAGGAGCACUAUUGCCGACUGAUAAAAGAUCUGCUAAUUCUAUAAGAGCGCAAAUCGAGAUCAUACCGUGUAAAGUGUGUGGGGAUAAAAGCAGUGGCGUCCACUAUGGAGUGAUCACGUGCGAAGGCUGCAAGGGCUUCUUCAGGCGAUCUCAGAGCUCUGUGGUGAACUACCAGUGUCCUCGCAACAAGAACUGCGUUGUAGACAGAGUAAACCGGAACCGAUGUCAGUACUGCCGCCUCCAGAAAUGUCUGCGCCUGGGCAUGUCCAGAGAUGCGGUGAAGUUUGGUCGCAUGUCCAAGAAGCAGCGGGAGAAAGUGGAGGAUGAGGUGCGGUUCCACAGGGCACAGCUGCGAGCACAGACAGAAACUGCACCUGACAGUUCUGUCUUUGACACGCAAACACCUUCAUCAUCUGACCAACUGCAGCCCAACUAUAAUGGCGGCUACACAUACAACAGUGACCUGGGCAGCUACACCCCUGCAACACACGGGGGGUAUACCUAUGCCACAACACCGGUACAAACACAGCACCAGCAGAUGGCAUAUGACAUCAGCGCUGACUAUGUGGACAGCACAACGACAUAUGACCCUCGGCCAGGUCCUGGGUUGGAUACCCUUUCUGCUGAUAGUGCCAUCAUGGCUAAUGUUGUUACAACAGGUAGCGGAAGCAAAACUAAUUCUCUGAGUCUUCUUGGUCAAGAGCAACAGCAACAUCAACAGUCAAGGCCUGGCAUGAAUCAGCGAUUAGGAGGGUGCAGUAGUAGUGGUGGUGGAGGUACAGGUGGUGGUGGCUUGGUGGCGGUAAAGCAGGAAGCAGCAACCGCAGGAGGAGGAAGUGGAAAUUCAUCUGUUGAAAAUCUGGUGGCGGGCUUUGUAGAUAGCACGACAUUCCUUGCUGCAUCUCCAGUCCCCAGCAGCACAGUUGGGGCACCACAGCAGAGGCAACAGCACCCCUCUGGACUCCCACCCUCACUCCCACCUCCUCGUCAAACUGCGGAGGAACCUACUGAGGGAGAACCAGGCACCACCGUCCACCCCAAUCCAGCACAGAUAUCAGAGCUGUUGAGCAAGACGAUUGCAGAUGCACAUGCGAGAACAUGUCUCUUCACGACAGAACACAUACAUGAGAUGUUCCGCAAGCCCCAGGAUCUCUCAAAACUCAUCUACUACAAGAACAUGGCACAUGAGGAGUUGUGGUUGGAAUGCGCCCAGAAGCUGACCACUGUCAUACAGCAAAUCAUUGAGUUUGCCAAGAUGGUACCUGGUUUCAUGAAAUUGUCACAGGAUGAUCAGAUUGUCUUGCUUAAAGCAGGUAGCUUUGAAUUGGCUGUCUUGCGGAUGAGUCGGUACUUUGAUCUCAGCCAGAACUGCGUGCUGUAUGCUGAUACAAUGUUGCCCCAAGAUGCAUUCUUCACUACAGAGACAGCGGAGAUGAAGCUUGUUACUUGUGUGUUUGAAUUCGCCAAGGGAGUUGCAGAGCUGAAACUCACUGAAACUGAACUUGCCCUUUAUUCAGCCUGUGUCCUGCUCUCUGCAGAUCGGCCAGGAUUAAAAGGGCUUGCAGAGAUUGGUCGGCUUAGUCAAGCUGUUCUGAGAGCACUUCGAUUAGAGCUUGAGAGAAAUCAUUCAGUACCCAUUAAGGGAGAUGUGACUGUGUAUGAUGCCUUGCUCGCCAAGGUUCCCACACUCAGAGAACUGAGUAUGCUGCAUAUGGAUGCACUAGCCAAGUUUAAGCGGUCAACGCCGCAUCUUGAGUUCCCAGCACUGCACAAGGAGCUCUUCUCUGUUGACAGCUGAGUGGAGUGCCAGUUGGCUACCAACUCAGCUCUCAGAAAUUGGGCAUGUGAUGAUGGGGACUGAGGAAUGGCUUAUAUUGGAGUUCUGAAGGGUGUGAAGACUUCAGUAGUAGUAUCCCUGUUAUCAUGCAGGGAACAGCAAAGAGAUGAACUCAGUAUUGCUAACAGUGCAAAUGAGUGCAAGGGCAACAACAGUAGUGAACCAGUGAACACUCAACAGUUUUAAGUGUUCCAGUUAUGCAAGAAACUUUCUGAUAGUUACUCUUCAGUUGAAAGGGAAUUAAGACAUUAGUUCUUCUCCCUUUAACGUAUUUAUAAUUAAAAAGAAAAAAGAACUGUCCAGAAAUGCUUAAAGAGAAACAUGAAGUUAAUUCACAAACAACCUACGCUUCUUGAUGUAAAAACGGAACAAAGCUCAUCACAUAACCUAGGGUAGCCCAGAGAAAUAUACUAGCUUUCAUAGGCCAAUAACUUUGUAAGAUGUAAUAUUAGAAUUUUGAUACUUGAAUGGAGAUACAUGGGAUAAGCUUAAUUUUAUGUAAUAUCAUGAAGGCCUUCAGCAUUCCCAACAAACUAAACAGGUAGCAAAAGUGUAUACAUAUACACACAACCACAUGCCUACACCCUUGUGUUCUAUAUCUGUAGCCUCCAUUCAAAUUCAACUUUCAUAAAUCUGUAAGCCAAAUUUGGAUUCAACUUCUGUAUUAUAAAAGACACUAUUUUUGAAGAGUUACACAGCACUGAAUAUUUUCUUUUCAAGUUAACCAUUACUUACAAAGUACAAGUGUAUAUGAAAUCUGAUCCAUUUCUUUGGGCAAGCCCCAUCUCAUGGACAUUUUCACCCCAUUAUCUGAUAAUGUUCUUUCUUGUACUUGAUGCUGCUUUCCCAGUGCGCAGGUAAAUGUCACAUUAAUAAUUCGCGUAUAUUUAUGAAGUAACAGUGAAAGAAGAAUUCCGAGAAUUAAUUAUGGUGGCGGAAUUUUUGUGUUUUUUUAUUUGCUGAUGGGGUAAAAGGCGCAAUGGUGCGAAAGAAAAUAUAUGCAUGUAUAUAAAUAUUUCUCUCUAUAGCUGUUAUCUUUGAAAGAAAAACAACUUUUCAGUAUAAAAACACACACAAAUUUUAGAAGAGAACUGGGGGGAUAAGCUGAGGUUAAGGGAUAAUAUUGCCUUAUUACUAGGGGCAGGACGUUGUAGCAUGUAUUUACUUUUCAGUCAUAGACAACUGCUUGUACAUAAUUAAGAUGUAUAAUAAACAACUGGGAAUUAAGUUUCUUUGUCAGAUUUUAUGUAGGUGAAUGAAAUGUUAAAAAUCAAUGGGUGUAUAAUUACCUUUAAUAAUUUUAGUUUGUCUUGUUAAUAAAUUAACCUGUGAACAUGCAUGGACCGAGUGAUAAAGCCAUAAUAAUUGAUAUGCAUUGCAAUAUUGUAGAGAUCUGGAUGAAUGAUAUUACUGGUAUAUAUUUUGACAAAGACUUUGAUUAUUUUGUUGUAAAAUACAUCCACUGAGUUGACCAGAGUAGCUAUGGAUACGCAUAUACAGUAUAUUUGUAAAUGUGGAAUAUGGUGACUUUCUUUAAGCUCAGAGUGGUAACACUUCUAUCAUGUGUUUGGGAGUUGCACUGUUUAAAGCUUGGCUGGGAAAAGAGUAUCCUGACUUAGGUUUCUUAUGGUUUUCUCAGUUCCUUGAGGCAAUACUUAGAUCAUAUCUUAAACUGAACCAUCACCACUUCCUUCCAGAAUUUCUCCAAUUUAUUAUUCACAAUUGUUCAGUCACUUGGCACUAUACGUAUACUUUGAGUUACAGCAUCAUUAAAUUAACAAUAAAUAAGUAAACUUUUCAAAUUUUAGAGCACAAAAAUAUUGGGGAUUGUUCUAUUAUAAUAUAGGUUCAGCCAUUUUUAUUUUUGCAGAAUUGUAAGGAUAUUUCCAGGCAUUACUUUGGUCCAAGAAUGCACACUAAUAAACAGAAUAUAUAAGUGACUCCAUUGAGCAAAGCCCUUCAGAAGCUUAUAGUCACUCAGCUGCUCCAGAAAUAUUAUAUAUAAAAUAUUUCAAAUAAAAUUAGUAAAUGCCUACCUGAAGCAUAUUUGUAUGAUUUUUUUUUUAUUCUCUUUAUUCAGUCAGUGUAAUAAAACUGACAAAUAUUACAAGAUGAGAUAUUAAAAGUGGUUUGCACUGAGCUUUUUUUUUUUUUUUAAAUUCUUGACUUGUUUCUUACAAAUCUAAUGCUCUAAAGGGGCUGUGUAAUAUAUUUGAUUGACUGAGUAAUGCUAGAUGCCAAUCUAUAUUUACUGAAAAACAGUUCUACUUAUUUGGCUGUAUGCCACAUUAUUUGAUUCCGUGAAGAGAUGCUUAUAUCCUGAAUGCAACUUAAAUGAACAUUCUCAUCUGCCAAUAAUUCAAUCUUUCGUUUUCUUAAUUAUCGACAUCUGAAUAUACCUUAUUUGUUAUCUUUCAAUGUGCAUGUAUAAUUUUUGUUAAAUAACUGCCAUAGCCUUAAACACUGGAAAGUUACCUCUUUUUAGUAGCUUUAAAUAUCAUAUUUUGGAAACAUUAUUUAAUUUUUGGUUCCAGUGCAUAAUUCUUCCCAGUAAUUAAUCCUUGAAUUUUUAAACAUUUACAAAAUUUUUGAACUCGCUAAAUCAUGUCUAUAACUUUUAUUUUAUUUAUGUAAUAUAAUUUUAUGUAACAUGGAAGCAUUGAAAAGGAUGUGAAAUAGUAAUUAGAUAUUGUUAUCAAGAACAAAUACAUGCUGAAAAGUCCUGCCUCUACCUAUUACUAAUUACUGUAUUGUAAAGAAAUGUUAGAUUGUGCUGUUUUUUUCUGUUAGAAGUGCACAGUGCAAUUGGGACUUAGGAAGCUGAAUGAGUCAUAAGAUGACUCUACCACUACAGGGAUAAAUAACUUAGAUGGUAUGAUUGCCACAAGUAAACAAUUCUACUUGUUACAUUUUAAUUUAUUGCUGUUAUUAAUUAUAAGCCACUUGUGAUAAUACCAUUUGCUUAAACAAAAUGAGAAUGAAAGUAUAAUUUCUAAGAAUUUUGGCUUCAUUUUAUCUUAUAACAUAAUAUAAAUAUGUACUUGGUUUGAAAAUUUAAAUUAUUAAAGGAAAAAAUAUUUGUUUUUAAACUGUCUACAUUCAUGAAUGCUUAUUACAUCUGUGUUCAGCUUUUCCUCACUACAGAGUUUCUCAUGUAACAGUUUCUAUGGUUGACAUUUUAUUACCAUUUUUUCUAAACCUUAGUUCUUGUAUAUUCAAUUUUUAACAGUUUCCAUGUCAUCAUGAGAAUAAGUUGGCUGGGUUUCCAGGAUAACCAUAUGUUUCAAUGCAUAACUGCCUAGCUAUGUAAUUUUAUUUUGUGUAAGCAUAAAACAUGUUUUAUUUUUAUUUUGAUCUUUAUUAACUACACUUUGAUGGUUUUCCAAAUUUAGCUAGUAAUAAAGAGAAAAAAUAACGUCACUUCACUUUCAUAUCUUAUUUAUAAAAGUAAGUAGGAAGUUAAUUUUUUCUUUCUUCGCGUUUUCAGACUUCAUCACAUUAACAUUUGAUGUUCUCACCUCAGUAACCAUGAAGAGUGCUGUCUUCUGUGAUGUGACAUAGUGUAGACUGGCACAAGUUUAGUGAUUUUUGGUAGAAAAUAUCACCUCUAUUUGCAGAACUAAAGAGUAAGCCAGACAAUCCUGUAUUUAAGCAUCCUAUUGCAUUACUAUAUCUAAUACUGUUUAUUGUACUACACAGUCCAUCAAUAAUGCAACAAAUUAUUCCUACUUUCUUACACUUUCACUUUUGACACAACAUGUUUCAGCUGUUAAUAGCUAUCUUCAGACGUCUUACUAUGCUAAAACUGCUACGCUGCACUAAUAUUGUCUAUUCUUCACAUAUGUGACUGCACACUUCAUGAUUUAAAACGUCAUACUUGUAGUCAAUUGGUAUUCGCUAAAAUAUCACACACUUAAUUUAAAUCGAAUAAGAUUUAUUAAAAUUUUCUGUUAAAACUGAGUAACUCUGCUUUCUCUUCAAUGCUUGUUUACUUGAUUGCUAGGUUUACUCUACAAAUCCGAAGUUGGAAGCCGUGUGCUCCUCCAAAAUAUCAGUCAAUUCUAUUAGACUACACAAUUAUAUUCCAGAAGACAGUAACCUUCAUAGCCAUCACUGUCAGAACCUCAGUUCUCACAAGGACAUGAUUGUUAUUAUGAAUUAUAUAUGAAUACCUUCUGUUAUUUUGAUACAUGACAUAGCAACUCAUAUUUAUUCCUGUUGUCUUUUGACUUUUAUGAAGAAUGGAGACCUGAAUGUUGUACUGUGAAGUAAAACACAUUUGCAAAAUUGUUUAGUAAAUAGUCAUUCAUAUUCACUCACAUCAAGUCAACAAAUUUAUUGCCAAAUUUCAAUCAUUUGAGAUUUUUCUCAAUUUAUUUUUCAAAUCCACUGCUUUUCAAAGAAAUCUUAAAUGGAACUUUUGCUGUAUUGAAUCCAGUUUUGUGAUGGUCCUAACAGACAAGGACGUUUUUUAAUUUUCUGUACUCUGUGCAGAAUGAAUCGGUACUUCACUGACUUACAAUCCCUUGUUAUCCUUUAAUAUAUAAAGGGAGAUACAGAGUUAAAAGUGAAUUUAGUGUCAUUUGAAGAGACUGUAUGUACUUCAAAUGAACUACAAGAGCUGUGUUGCAGCCUCCAGUCCUUAAAAGGGAGUUUGCUGUGAUUUUAUUUCUUUGUGUUCAAGACAAAGUUUGAUGUGUCAGAUCACUGUAAACGUAAAUCAGAAUUAUACAAUGUAAUUGGUGUUUCGGUUAGUAGUAUGAAGUAAUCAUUUCAUUUAAUUUCUUUGUUAUCAUGAUAUUCUUGUAUUAUUCUAUUUCUAAGACAGAAUAUAGUGCUUAAUGAAGCAACUGUGUAAUUCAAACAAUAGACUUUAUUUUAAUAUAAUAUUUUACAUUAAAUGGGCAUUAAUUGUGGUUUAUUUUUUUUUCUGAUUACAUAAUCUGUGUGAUGUAACUAAAACUUGUUAGCUAACUGAUGACAACAUUAUUUUUUGUAGUUCAAAAUUCUGACUUUUAUCCCUGAAAGUAUUGGGAUGUUUCACAUUUAAAAUAUAAAUAGAGGGAUGCAUGAAAGAAUAGAAAUUAUACAAAAGACAUACAACAGGCAUUGGAUAUUCAGAGCCUUUGACAUUUCCAUAAUUGAUCAUUGUAGGAGCUGUUUUUAUUGUGUGUGACUGGAGAGUCUUUGAUUUUUACUUCUAAUUAUGGUAGAUAUAAUUUGUAAAGUACUAAUUUAUGUUCUCAACAAAAGAUUAGUUAUACAUCUAAAUUUCUAGUAAAGUUUAUAUUAAAAAUUCAGUUACAAAUUUAAUUUUAUCCAGAAUUAAAUAAGUUAAAUACCCAUCCCAGAAUUAAAGUAUUGUUCAUACUACUUUGCAAUACAACUUUAAUAGCUAGUUCUAUCUCCUAUACUUGUAACAAUGUUUAAUGCUAACUUUAUUACGAAAUUAAUCAGAAAUAAGAAAUUUCAUAUUAACUGAUAAAUGUGUGGUAAACUCUUAUAUGGAAUGUCUCCAAGAUAUUGGACAGAUAAAAUUAGUUUUGUUCAGUUGUACAAAAUAUGUUAAUGUGUUCAGACUGAACUUUCUAGUUUAAAUAUUCACAUGCAGCUGCUAAACAGAAAGUAUUUAUUUUGUAUCUAGAGCAACAAAACAACAGAAUUAGCAACUGAAUAGAAAUACUAAACAUUCUAUUGUGAAAGGCAAAAAAAAAGAACAUACGUUGAGUUCUCACAAAAUCACUAAUGGAUAACAAAUAUGUCUUCAUAUUGAAAACAUGAUUUAUUGAGGUUGUUCGGUAUAUCACUAAAUGUUUUGAUCUGUGUGUCAAACAUUGUACUUUGACUUAUUGUAUGUUCCUAAAAUACAAGAAAAGCAUAUUAACAUUUUAAUACAUAAAUUAAAAUUUUGAACGUUUGGCAGCAUGUAAGAUACCAAAAGUAUUAUUUGCAUAAUUAUGAAUACAACCUGAUGGUCUCAAAAUACAUGUUGAGAGCAAGAGCAUAAGAUACUUGGGUUUCCAGUAGUUCAGACAGCUAUUAUGGAUGUGAAAAAUUGAAAAUAACUUGAAUGAUAAGGGCUUUGAUCAUUUUAUUUCAUUAAUUUGGAGCACAGCCUUAAUUUAGACUCUGUCUGAUUACUGGUGUUAAGAGAAUGGAAAUCUAUCAAUAAUGCAAAUCCUUUAUGUAAUAACAGAAAAUUUUACCAUUAAGCAUAACUUCCACAUGUGGUAAUCUCAGAUAGAAAGCCUUUUUUGACUGAGGGCGCUUCAAAAUAAAGAAGAGUUGGAACUUCAGUUUUCUUAUCUUUCAUUAAGCUUAAGAAAGAGGAAAUCAAUGCACCGUGCAAAGUGACUUUGCACACUGAUCCAUUGAUAUGCAGAACGAAAUUUGAAAUUGAGAUAUUAAUGACUACUCUCUGCUCUCCAGACAUUAUGGGAACCACAUAAAAUAUUAGUUAAAGAUAUUCUGAACAGAAGAACCUAGUUGAAAUUUUAUGUCAGCAAAUAGCUGAAAUGUAAUAGGUGUUAAAAAAAGAAUGUAUUUUCAGGAGGUAUAUUUCCUGAAGUAGUUGACUUGCAAAAGUAAUUCUUUUGUUUAAUGUAAGAGCUCUUAAAUUUUACAAAUAAUUCAUAAUAGACUCAGUGUCAUUCACUGCUUUGAAAACAUCAAAUUGAUAUUCAGUAUUUUACCAUACUUAGUUUACUAUAUCUGGGGUGAUAGUUGGAAUGGCUGCAGGGAUUCGUUUUUGUGAGUGCUUUAAAUACAAAUGUUGGCCAAACAAACAGUAUUCUUAAUGUGUCCUUGAGGCAAGGAAUGUUAGUCAAGAUGUCUGGAGACACUAGAUAAACAAGUAUGAAAUUAAGGAAAUGAAAGUAGGAGAUUUUUUCUUUCAUUAUAAAUAAAGAAUCACAUUUAUAUAUCAGUUAUUUCAUGAAAUGUAAUCCUUCAGAAAUGGGUGUCAUUCUUCUUAAUGCCCUUGUAGAUUUAAUUUAUAUAGUAAGCAUGCAAUGAAAGGUGCUGUGCUCAGGUGAAUAUAUUAUCUAAAUUGUUAAACAUGAGAUGAUGAUAUACAUAUAGUCUUAGUAAGCAGAUCCUUUUAAUAGUGUUUACUAGGAAGACUGACAUGGGAAUAUUAAUAUAACGUUAAAAUACAAGGGGUUAUGAGGACGUGAACUGUAUUAAGAACUAGGUAUUAGUUCAGUGGUGGGAACUAUUUCGAUUAUGAGCGUGGGUUGUAGUAGUUUACUACGUUGAUGGUGAAAAUGUUUAAUAAAUUAUGAUUGGAAUUAACUAUACAGUGGAGUCAUAUUUUAUGUAGAGUUGUUUUCCUGAAGACUUCGCAUAAUUGAAGGAAAGUUUUCUUGUAGGAAUAAAAGUAAUGUAGGGUGGUUGCCAAAUUUUUGGUGAAUCACAUUAUUUCAAAUUUUCAUAAUUCAAAUUUAAAUAAAAUACAACUACAGUGUACUCUUAUAAAGUUAUUACUGCACAAAUAAUUAUUAAUUAAAUUCAUCAUUGAGUAACUUUAGUGGUGUAAAUAUGAAAAAAAAAAGAAUUCAGUAAUAGCCCUUGUAUUUAAUUCUGAUACCACAUUAAUUAUGGACCAUAUUAUAUGUAUCCUUCCAGAAAGUCGUAUUAUUCAGAAUGAAAAUUAGGUAAUUUGGAAAUUUUCUAUUGUUUCUAGGUUUCCAUGUGAAAAAUAUAUAAAUAGCUGUAUAUAGUAGGGACUGUAGCAUGGUGUGUUGCAAACUUUCAAAUUUAUGCCAUCGUAGGAAACAGUUUCUUAUUAACCAUACCUAGAUUCACUAUUUUAAAAUAUUCAGAUAAUGGUUCCUUUACAUUACAUUACUACAAGUAUUAGUUACAUGGAUAACAAAGAGAAAAACUGUAAAAAUAAAGAUGGAUAUGAUACCAUAGUGUUAGGAAAUGACUGACGAUCUUUUUGUAUGUAAUUUUCAUAUCACUAGUAGUGAUUUUCUAAAUACAAAUUUAAAUGGGCACUUAACUAACACAGGUUUUUAUUCUUAACACUGCUAUGCUAUUGUUUGUUAUGUCUAAAAAGACACUGGUUGAUUGAAAUUGGUAUGCUGAAGAUUUCUGAAAACAAAAUUAAAAUAAGAACAAGUUUUAGUUUGACUACAGCAGGAAUGAUAUUAAUUCUUUGAUUGUUUUCACAAAUCUUUACAAUUUUGCUUUCCAUGCAGUCUGAUAAUAUAAAUGAAGCCAUUCUCCCUAUUUUUCUGCAAUUAUAAACUUGAAAAGAAACACGGUGAUGUGGCGAAAUAAGCAGAUAUUUUACACCUUAUAUUUGAGAAAUCUUUGAAAGAGCAUAUUCUAUUAUAAUGUGAAAGUCAUACACCACAGAUGCGUUUGAUGUCCUCUAUAACUCUCAUUUUAAUAGACUUCCACCAUGUCUAACAUUCAGUACCCUGCACCUGAUGUGGUUUUCCAGUAAAAGCAAUAGGAACUAUGGACUGUGGUAUUACUAAUAUUGAAUAUUUAAGCUCAUAGCUUUGUACUUGUAAUUCUCAGAACAACAUUUUAAUGAACUCCACAACUGAUGAGUUUAUUUAGCAAUAAGGAAAUGUACAAAUUUGAUAAUGGAAGAAAGGUUUUGAAGUUUUGUGAAUAUUGUGGUGCACAUUGUCCAAUGUCUUGGUAUAAUUCAUGUACACAGUGUUUUGGAAACUGGAUCUGUUUCCAUCAUUGGAUGGAAACAGAUCCAUUGUCCAGAAUGUGUAUGUAUAAAAUAUACCAAGGCAAUAAAGAAUGUCGAGCAUAAUAUUUAAGUAACAAAUCGUUCACAAACCUUUAGAUAAUUAUAAAAGUUUGAAGUUAUUAAUUUGGAGCACAAAUAAAACAGAGAUAGUGUGGGUUUAAUUCCGGUCUAAAAUUUGUUCUUUCAUACAGUGUGGGCAAAAAUCUUUGGCUUUGUCCUAUUCUUCAUUUGGACAAUAUGGCCUCAGCGAUUCUGGCUAUAUGGCUGAAGUUUCAGUCUCCUCCUUUUAUGGAAGGAAACAUGUAUGUACCAGAGCUGUAACAAAAUUUGAUUUGAAGAAUAAACACUAAACAUUAUUUGUGUUAGAAAAUAAGACUGCAUAAUAGCUUUCAUUAAGUGCUUAUGUUGUUAAUUUAAGAAGGAAGGAACUGUUUUUUUUUAAUCUCAAUUGUUUUUGUAUAAAAGCAAACUUUGUUAAAUAGUCCUAUAGCUUUGGAGUUAAUUUGUUGGCCGCUAGUGACAUCUAAAGGUUCCAAUCACCAAACUAAUAUAGUGUAUUCAAGACACAUAUUUGCAGAUGGGAUGACUGAUGAGGACUCUCAGUAGAGCAGUAAUGGUCAUGGUACAAGGACAGAUAUCCACGCCUUCUGUCCAUACUCAGUAUGUCACAUGUUUUAAUAUAAAUUAUAAUAUUAUCACAGAAUUGAAUUUGUUUCAGCAUGUUUAUUUUUAUUUACUUGUACAUAUGAUUUUGAUUCACAUGAACACUCUUCUUAUGUGUAACAUUCAGGACGAUAUCAACAUAUUAAGUUCACAAAUUAUAAGAAUGUAGUUUUAUAAAUGGUUUACUUUUCCAGAGAUUUUCUUGUGAAUGAAGGUGUUUUUAGAUUUGAAUUGCUGAUUGUGCACUCUUACUGAACUGUGUUGUACUUUUGAUGAAUAGAAAUGUUUGCUUGUGGCAGUAGCUGUGGUGUGCAUGUAAUCUCUGGCAGGUACUCAUCUGAGGCUGACUGGUAUGAAGGGAUUCAUAAAAUGCAUGACUAAAAACUAAUUUGAAUCAUUUUUUGGCAUUAUAUUAACUGAUUUUACUGUAAAUUAAUCAAUAUCAGAGUACACUAACAUGUAUAUAUUUCUUGAAAUUGCAAAUAUCAUCAUUAAGUUCUUGAACUGAACUUAUGUAAAGGCUUUGUAUGAUGUUUGAAAUGUUAUGCUUCCUCUAAAGUUUCACUCAUAGGUAAGGCAACCACUGAAUUCUGAAUUUGGUACUUACCACUCUCUUGUCAGUCAGAGUGUGUUGAAUUGUGUUCAUUUAAUGUCUGAGGGCACAAAUCUCUUAUGUGCAGAAAUAACAUAAUUGCAGUAUAUGAUCAUACAUGUAGUAAGCAUGUUAAUUUGCUAUAAUGACUAUGUAUAAAGGGCAUACCGAAUUAUUUUGGUUAAUAUUGGUAGCUCGAAAUAAAAAUUACCUUAAACAUAUACAUUCAAUUAUUUAAAAAUCUGGAUAAAUGAAUUUUAUGGUGUUCAAAUUAGAAUAUGUAGUUUUCAUAACAGUCCUACUUAUUUGUACUUGUGUUUCAAUGCCAUUAGCUUAUUUUGAAGUUAAUCAACAAUUCCAUAUAAUUUCUACCCUCAAACUGUUCAAAAACUUCAGCUGCUUAAAAAUUGUUUUAGUGACUCGUUUACAUAGCCAUUGCUGCUAAAUUAUUCAGUAUCUUGAACAUAAUUAAGUCUUAUAAGUAAAUAGCUUUUGUUAUUUGUGGUCAAAAACAAAGAUCUAUUUUUAUCUAAUUCUGAGAUUCAUAUAAUCAACACAAGACAUAGUAAUAACCUCCAUUAUCCCUCAUGUAACUUAACUGUCUUUCAAAAGGGAACAUAUUAUUUUGGAAUUAAAAUUUUUAAUAAACUUCCACCUAAUAUAAAAGAACAAGCUCAUGAGAUUAAAAAAUUUCGGUCUGCUGUUAAAAAAUUCCUAUUUUUAAAGUCAUUUUAUUCAUUGGAUGAAUAUUUUAACUGUGACAACAAUUAAAGUUUCGGAUUUGUUACAGGUGGUAGGUGAUAGCGCCUUAUUGUUAUAGAUAAUGGUUUUUGUUUCAUGUUGUAUAUUAUUAAAUUUAACUGGUAUGACAUUACACAGCUGUGUUGCAGUAUGUGAUUUACUCAUGUUGACUAUUUCUAUAUCCAUUGGUGUUAAACCAUGUAAGGAUUUAUGGAAUGCUGAAUAAAUGAAAUGAAAUGAAACACUGAACUUCAGUAUACAGCAUUAAAUAUAUGUACAGUAACAUUAUGAGAAACAUAACACUACAUUUAAUCAUAGUACUUAAGAAAAGCCAGAUCUUGUAAUGACACAGAUUAGACAUGUUUGGAAAGGAAGUGGAUACCCCCACUGAACUAGAAUCAUCUGUAGAUAAAAAUUGUCAUACUAUACAAGUGAAUCUUUCAGACUGCCAGACAACCUCAUAUGAAUAACUUGCAGCUCUGUAUGGUUAGUAUUAUGAAAUGUGGCAUAAAUAUCAUAUUAAAUUACAGAUUUUGGAAAAAUAAAUCAAACAAGUAAGGCAAUAGAAGGCCUUAUAUAUAUUUGGAAAUCCCUUAAACAUGUCCCAAAAAAUAAACCAACUGGUAGAUUUAAGGUUUUAACCUAACUUUGCAAAUUUGUGUGAAAAUGCUGAUCAAAUAUUCUAAUAAUAGGUGUCUGCAAAUACUGCACAUUUUAAUUUAUUUGACUGAAUCUGUAACUUGCAGAAGUAAAAAUUGGCAUACUUUAAGUCAGAAUUAAGAGAAGUGAUAUAAAAAACUGGGUUAUAAAUUUAGUUAGAAAUCUGCAUGCUUUCUGAUGAUAAAUUCAUACGUUGGUGGACCAUAUAUAUAUUUCAUGAAUUAGUGGACUGUACCAACUCAGAUGGCUUGAUAAGGAUAGACAUACAUUUUUUGUGCAUUAGAUUUGUUUUUAUAUAUUUAACUACUACAGAAAGUACAUAUUAAUUACUGUCAUAAAUUCUGAUCUAUAAUGACAUUAUCAGUUUUUACCACAACAAAAUUUUGGUAGUUUUGAUACAUUUAAAAUUAAAUAAUUUAAACAUAUAAAUGGAUUAUAAGUUAAUGCUUUGAAAAUGGGUUAAAUGAUAACUUGAAGACAUUUGUCAAACUAAAAAUGUAUUUUAGCCCCAAAAUUUGUUUCUGUAUUAACUGAGUUAUAUUUAAUUUGAGGAAUAUGAAAUAAUAUAACCAAGAUCAUGAAGUCUGUUUUAUAUACAUAGAUCCAAUGUAUGUUUUCAAUAAUCUUCAGUCUUAGUAUCCUCCAAGUGUAUUUUCCACAGAUGUGCAAAAUUUUAUAAAAGGGUAGACCUUAAACAGUGAUAAAAUGGGUAUGUUAAAGUGGUAUUGGUAUAAUCUAUUAAUUGUUGUUGAUCUAACAGAAAUACAUUAAAAGAAUGUUAUUUUAGAAUAUGGAAGAUGAAAGGUUUUUAUAUAAAUAAAAAAAGGUUGUUCGCAUUAUUGCUACAGAGAAUAUAAUAUUGUACUAAUAUAUAUAUAUAUAUAUAUGAAAAUGUUGAAAAUUCAUUGUUUGUUGUAUUGUAAAGUAAUGGUUAAUUUUCACACUUAAAGAAAUAUUGUACAGUUUGUUUAGAUAUAAUAUUGCAUAUACUCGUUGCUUGCAACACAGAAAACGAAAGCAAAGUGUUUAACAAAGCUCUACAAAUCUACUGUAAUAGUUAUGAUGUAAAAACUUAACAUAAAAGGUUGGCAUAAGUAAAAAACAUACAGGUGUAAUACAAUAUAAAAGAGAUGAAAGAUGAUGGUUUAUAAAUACACUGUUGAGAAGAAAGAAAAUCAGAGUCAGAUGUUUAACAGAAAUAAUCACAAAAUGAUGAUGGUAGAGAUUUGUGAAAAAAAUAAAAGAGAUGAUGGUUUGGAAA